AUGGCGUUCAACAACAACCUUGCGGCUCGCUUGGACGAGCUUCGGUCCCCUAAUCCAUCGCGUAUGCACAGUGAAAACACUACUGGCCAAAAUACCCCCUCCUUCCGCUACUCUGGUAGCUUCAUGUCACCCAACAAUAAUCAGACGCCUAUCGAGACUCCAAAUCUACAGCGUCGUUUCACCACAGAUCUAAGCAAGAUGCAGAACAUUGGGCCGAUUGGUCAGCCACCCAAUCAAAUCGCAGUUUCCGCAGAUGCAAAUGCUACUACACUUCAGCAGCAGUUGGAGAAGAAAAAGCAGGAGUACGAGCUAGCAGCAGAACAACGCAAACAGUAUCAAGCUCAAGUCCAAUUUUUCAGCCAACAAGAAGCUCGCGAAAAACAAGAGAUGGAGCAAAUGAAACGGGAGUUGCAGCUUGCAGGAAUCAAUCCAGGCUAUCAGAGCGAGCCGACGACCCCGCCCGAACGGCGAGAGCAGCAGUAUUCAUCGGCUUUUCCAAGAACUAAUCGAUAUUCCAUAUCCAACUUCGCCUCACCGCCUACGAAUACUCGAAGCAGUCGCUCGGGAUCUCAAUUAACCUCGCCCCCUUCUGACCUAUUUCAAAUCUCCAAGGGUCCAGAAAGCUCUGAUUCACUACCGUCAAAAUCUGUUCCUAGCUCUCGCCGUGGGUCUAAUGAUCGAGCUACAAUCUUCGUGCCUGAGACGACUGGCUCAGCUCGCCGGAACGCAACCGGCGCGAAUCGUUACUCAAUGCCCGCUACUGGCUUACGAGGUCGCACUCACGAAUCAGUACCUGAGCACUCUCCUUGCAUGGAUAUGGAACACUUGAACACGACAUCCUUUCUAUUUGACGAUGAUGAGAAGUCGAAGGAACCCCUUACAUCACCAGAUGUUUCCAAGUAUCUCCAAAUGAGCCAGGAUAAAUUUCCAGUGUUGCUUCGUAACAAUGAGUAUUCCGGAUCGCUCUCUGCAUCUUCGGCAGCUCUUGAUUUAGCGUCAGCUCAAUCUCAUGCCCACGCACAAUCUCUUGUCCAAGAUGGCUCUGUAGACCCUUUCGAGGCCAAGCUGCACCGUCUAUCACUGCAACAUAACCUACAGUCAAGUUCCCAAGCCCAGAAUGAUUCUCAGAGCAGCAUUUUCUCCACGAUGGAAUCGAAGAAUAGUUCUCGCCCAGCAAAUAGGCAUUCUAUGGAAGCGACACUAGCAGCUUACUCUCAGUCCUACAGCACUUCCCAAGGACAACCUAAUGAAGCAAGACCCUCCUUGGUCAACUCACAUGCAUCGUAUUCUACAAAUGAUGUGCCCACUCUCAAAAACGCAAAUGGGUUGACUAACGUCACCCCUCCCAAGUCGCAUUCGCAGCAUUUUCACAAUCACAAUGCCAGCUUGGGCCGUAUACCCACUCAUGCUCAAACGAUGGGCAACCGCCAGAGCCGCGAAAUUUCUGCAAAUAGCAACGACGCUAUUCGAGAAGAUUCAAUCAACCCAUACCAACCGUCAAAAGCUGUCACAAACGCGCCAGUAACGGUAUCUUCCCCUGUCGCAUCCUUGCCUAGUCCAUCAAACAGCAUCGGUAAUCAGGUGGCUUUCCCUAACCAGCCACUUUAUGCUGGGUACGGAAUGCAGUUGAUGAACAUGGGGAUUAACCCAAUGAUGGCUUCUCCUCUAGCUUUCCAAAAUCAAAUCCAGGCCUUUCAACAGCAAAACGGAUUUUUGCCCUAUACAAACUAUGCACAGCAGGCUCGCUUUCAGGAUGGGCAAUCACGAAUGACCACUCAGCGCCGGAUGCCCCAAGGAGAUGAUCAAUCACGUUUCUUAGGUGUAAAACUCGAAAGCCUGCGCGGAGAGAUCCUUGGGCUUUGCAAGGAUCAGCAUGGCUGCCGCUAUUUACAGAAGAAAUUAGAAGAGCGAAGCCCGGAGAAUGUCCACAUCAUUUUCUUGGAGACAUAUCAACAUGUAGUCGAUCUUAUGACUGAUCCUUUCGGCAACUAUUUGUGUCAAAAAUUGCUAGAAUUUGCAAAUGAUGAGCAGCGGACUAUGCUAGUUAACAAUGCUGCGCCAGAGAUGGUCAAAAUUGCUUUCAACAGUCAUGGUACUCGUGCUCUUCAGAAGAUGAUCGAGUUCAUCAGUACACCAGAGCAGAUACAGACGAUUAUCAAUGCAUUAGAUCAUGAGGUUGUCGAGAUGAUACAAGACUUGAAUGGAAAUCACGUCAUUCAGAAGUGUUUGAAUCACUUAUCUUCUAUUGAUGCUCAAUUUAUAUUUGACGCAGUGGGCAUCAAUUGCGUUGCUGUAGGAACCCAUCGCCAUGGCUGUUGCGUCUUACAACGUUGUAUUGAUCAUGCAUCGGGCACCCAAAAGGCUCAUCUCAUAAGUCAGAUCACCGAGCACGCCUUCCAUCUGGUUCAAGAUCCUUUCGGGAAUUACGUCUUGCAGUAUAUCAUCGAUCUACAAGAGCCGUGCUUUACCAAUCCGCUCUGCCACAUCUUCCGAGGUCAGAUUCCUCAACUGUCUAAACAGAAGUUCAGCUCAAACGUCAUCGAAAAAUGCUUACGUGGAGCUGACACCAGCGUUACUCGUCUAUUGAUCGAUGAGAUGCUCAAUUCGAAUGAGCUUGAAAAGAUGCUUCGAGACUCUUACGCUAACUAUGUCGUCCAAACUGCAAUGGACUAUGCGGACGUAGAGACUAAGACUCGUCUUAUCGAAGCGGUUCGCCCAAUACUCCCAAUGGUGCGCCAUACUCCGCAUGGUCGACGUAUACAGAGCAAAAUCAUGCAGCUUGACGGUCAUGGGCGCUUUAGUAGUGGCAAUGGUACUCCUAAUGAUCGCUCAUCCGGCCAGGUCCCACUAUCGCUGCAAAUGGCAAAUUCUCAGCCAAAUUCUCAGGUCACGCACUUGAAUAGCUAUUCGAACCUCCAGCCUUCUCAGACCUCUGUCAACAAUUAUCCAAACCCAAUGAAUAACGCCUUCCAAUCUCCGUUUGCAAGCCAGUAUCCUCAAUACGGCUUGAGCAACGGCUCGAAUUUCUCGCCCCUUGCUAACGAAAAUAUACAAACUGUACAACAGCCGUCGGCAUUUCCGCGAUUGCCCCAAGUUAACGGUGGCUUCUUCUAG